AUGGGUCGACGACCAGCCCGAUGCUAUCGUUACUGCAAAAACAAGCCAUAUCCUAAAUCUCGUUUUUGCCGUGGUGUUCCGGAUCCAAAGAUUCGAAUCUUCGAUUUAGGCCGCAAGAGAGCCCGAGUCGAUGAAUUUCCAUUAUGUGUUCAUCUUGUUUCCGAUGAAUAUGAACAAUUAUCCAGUGAAGCACUCGAAGCUGGACGUAUCUGUGCUAACAAAUACUUAGUUAAACACUGUGGCAAAGAUGCUUUUCAUAUUCGUAUGCGUGUUCACCCGUUUCACGUCAUUCGUAUCAACAAAAUGUUAUCAUGUGCCGGUGCCGAUCGUUUGCAAACAGGUAUGCGUGGUGCCUUCGGUAAACCAUUGGGUACCGUCGCUCGCGUGAACAUCGGUCAAGUGAUCAUGUCAGCUCGUGUUAAAGAUCAACACAAGGCUCAAACUAUUGAAGCUUUACGUCGUGCUAAAUUCAAAUUUCCCGGCCGUCAAAAGAUCUUCGUCUCAGACAAAUGGGGCUUCACGAAAUUCACUCGCGAAGAUUACGAUCGUUUGCUACAACAAGGACAAUUACAAUAUGAUGGUGGCAACGUGAAAUAUCUACCCAACCACGGCCCACUUGAACACUGGAAAAAACGACAAAAUGUUUAA